AUGACUUAUCAGGGUCGUGCCGACGCCGUAAAUGAUCUCAUGCAAAAAGCUCGUGAGAUUAAGACACUAGGAUCACCCACUUCUGAUGCGAUUCUAGGAGCAGCUGAACAGGUUGUUGCACGAUACUCAUCUCUAAAUGAGCCUGUUCAGAUUAGAAGGGAAAAUCUUCGCGAUGCACAUGCUUUGUAUCAAUGGAUUGCUUGUGCUGAAGAAGAAUUGGAGUGGCUUGCCGAUAAAAUGCCUUUGGCGAAGAGCCAAGAAUACGGUGAUAGUCUUCAUGCUGCACAUAGCUUGCAAAAGAAACACACAGCUCUUGAGAAGGAGUUAGAGUCACGCCAAGCCGGAAUUCAAGAAAUUGAGUCGAAAGGAAUGGCUAUGAUUCGCGCCAAGCAUUUUGCAGCACCUCAGAUCGAGAAGACUAUUGAUACGUUAUCAUCUGCAAUGUUGUCGAUUAAGGAUGCAGCUUCUCUUCGACGUGCACGUCUUCAGCAAGCUGUCAACACUCACCAAUACUAUACCGAGGCAGCAGAGGCUGAACAAUGGAUAAGAGACCAGAUGCCUGUUGCCACAAAUCAGGAAACUGGCCGUGAUCAAGCUGCUGCUGAGGGAUACCUGCGAAGAUUAGCAGUCCUUGAAAAAGAGGUUGCAAAGUUCAAAGAUGAAAUAGAACGACUUCGUGCACGAUGUGAUUCAUUGCAAGAACAUCAAAAUGCGAAUCAGAUUGCUGCCCGUCAAGCUAAACUGGAAACAGCUUAUGGUGAUCUUGUUAAAGAAUGCAACAGAAGACGCACGCAGCUUGUAGAUGCUGGAAGAUAUCACCGAUUUGUAAGGCAAGUAGAUGAUUUGUCCGAUUGGCUGCAUGACAAAGAACACCUGGCUUCAUCGGAAGACUAUGGCCGCGACCUUGAAGAUUGUGUCCAGCUUACCGAGAAGUUUGAAACAGUUGUUCGUGAACUAGCAGCGGCAGGAGAAAGAGUCGCAGCAGUGCAAAGAGCUCAAGAAGAGUUGCUUAGAAGUGGCCACCCCUAUGCGGCAUCAAUUCGUGCCAAAGGAACUGAUUUGAAUAGUCUGUGGACCUCAGUCAAUGAGGCUGCAACGGAGAGACAGCAAGCUUUGGCUGGAGCGCGUCAAGUGCACAGAUUCGACCAAGAAGCCGAUGAAACACUGAACUGGCUUGGGGACAAAGAAGCAACUGGAGUAGCUAUGGAAAAUGAAGAUCUUGCGCAUGCGGAUUUGGCCACGAUUAAAGUUCAAAUGCAGCGUCAUGAUGAGUUUGUGCAUGGAAUGAGAGCUGUUGAAAAGCAGGUCGCCGAACUAUGCAGGGAAGCUGAGCGCUUGUGGACAGCAUUCCCGAACACUCGCGAACAUCUUGAAGUUCGUAAAAUGGACAUGGAAGAACAGCUGAAGGACAUCUUGGAAGGAACGAGAAGACACCAAGAAAGGCUGCAGCAUAUGGAAAGUCUCCAAGCAUACUUCCAAGAAUAUCGUGAACUGAUGCAAUGGAUGAAAGCUAUGCAAGCAAUGAUGACUUCGGAACAACUGCCCAGAGAUGUUGCUGGAUGUGAAGCGCUAGCUCGACGUCACGAUGAGUAUAAUCUGGAGAUGCAAGGCCGCAAACCUCACAUUGAUGAGUUUAAUCGUCAGGGUAAACAGAUGAUCCAAACAGGACAUGUACUUUCUCAGGAAAUUGGCGAAAAGGUGGAAACCCUUGAGAGGUCUUGGGGAGUAUUAUGUGAAGUGUGGAAAGAUCGUAAUGAGCUCUACAACGAGAAUAUGGAUUGCCAAAGAUGGAAACAGAAUGCUGCGCAGCUCGAGCAAUGGCUACUGGAAAGAGAGCGACUACUCGGAGACGACUGGCGACAUAUCGACACUGUCGAAAAUGCAGAAACCCAACUUCGUGAUUUUGAUGAUUUCCUCAUCACAUUAGAUGCUCAAGUCGAUCGAUGUGAUAUGGUGAAACGAUUGACACUGAUCGAACAAAGCUUCAGUCGUCUCAGGAAGAAGGAAGUUGAACGAUCUCGCAUUGCCGAAGAAGAUCAGAAACGACGUGAUACAAUCAAAGUGGUUGAGAAAGGGCAAAUUCUUGCGAAUAGGCGACAGGAGAGAGAAAGAAGAAAGACGCAAGAGAUUUCCCUUUUGCGCCCAAGCCCAAGCGAAGACUACACUAGCCAGACCUUGCCUAAGAAGAUAGAUCGUGCAGAACGCAGUAAGACGGCUACACUCGGUGAGAGUGUACUCGUUGGAGGACCGUCAACCAUAGUGGCUCCGAAUGUCAAUGCUCCCGCUAACGUGUCCGCUGUGGAAGUUGAGAUGAAGAAGACACCAUCAUUUACCACUAGAAGGGGUCAUUCUGUAUCCAGGAAUAGCACCAGCCGUUGGGAGGAUAUGGGAGCCAUCGAUAUGAGAGGAUUCGUAGAUCGAAAACAAGACUUACAAAGUGGUGGAAAGAAAGCGACAAUUAGAUCAUGGAAGAAUUACUAUACUAUCCUGUGCGGUCAAUUGAUGUGUUUCUUCAAGCGCAAAGGGUUUCUCGUUCAGGAUGAAGCCGCAUUCUAUGAUAAUCUGGCCGCAGCACCACCUGUCUACAUCUAUGGAGCCAGAUGUGAGCCAUUCCCAGAGUAUGUGAAGAGGAAGCAUGCUUACAGGCUGGCCACCCAAGAUGGUGCCGAAUAUGUAUUUGCAUGCACUGAUGAGCGGCAAAUGCUUGAAUGGGUUGCGAAAAUCAAGUUCCAUGCUGAUCUUACACCAAGUAACCAGCUGAAAUCAUACAAUUACCAUGGUAAUCAAUGA